AAUGAUAGCUUCUGGAAGUGAUGAUAAAACAGUGAAAUUAUGGGAUCGACAAAGUGGGGAUUGUAUCCAAACAUUGAAGGAACCUUCGGGCUACAUAAAUCAUGUUGCAUUCCAUCCAAGUGGAACUUGCGUUGCAGCCGCGUCUUCCGAUUCAUCCGUUAGAGUUUGGGAUUGUCGAAUGAAACGUAAACUUUUACAACACUACACAGCUCAUACCGCUCCCGUUAACUGUUUAUCUUUCCAUGAGUCUGGAAACUAUUUAAUUUCCGCUUCAGACGAUUCGACUUUAAAGAUUUUAGAUCUGUUAGAAGGAAGACUUUUUUAUACUUUACACGGACAUCAGGCAUGCAUUUUAUUUGAAGGACCCGCUACGGCCGUUUCGUUCUCUCUUAAAGGUGACUAUUUCGCUUCUGGCGGAGCAGACGAACAAGUUUUGGUUUGGAAAACUAAUUUUGAUCAAGUUAAUUAUGAAGAGGUGCUAAAAUCCCACAAAGGAAAGCAAACCACAGAAUCAACCAAACCAACUAUUCACGAUAUUCCUCCUCGAUCGUCAAAUUACUCAAAACGCCCACUUUCAUCUUCCAAUGCAGAUGAUCUUAUGAAAGGAGACGGGAUUAGGACUACUGUGACAGAUGUUCACGUUCCAACAACAUUAAGAAACGGAGACAGAGAAGAUUCCGCAGUGUAUCCUUUAACCUCGGAUGUCUCUGAUGUUCAAGAGACAGUAGAAGACGGUUUAGAAAGAACGAAUUCUUCAAACGCUCCUGGUCGAACAAUUCAAGUUCCAGCUGAAAUUAGUUCAACAUUGGAGCACAUGGUUAAACAAAUGGAAAUUUUAACAGACACUGUAUCCAUCCUUGAACGAAGAAUGACUAUUGUUGAAGACAAGCUAAAGGAGUGUGGCACAAAUCAAGAGAAUAUUAUGAUGCAGAUUUUAGUUCAUGGAAAUUGCUCUCAUUGCAAAUAUGGUACCUGUGUUAACGCUAAAUGUUCUUGUUAUGGAUUCGUUUAUGGAUGGAGAUGUGAUCAAGUGAAGGGGUACCUUGUCUUGGAAGGUUACGAAUAUGUACAGUAUGACAAGACUUUAAAAGACAAAACUUUAAGCGAAUGCUUAGAAUACUGCGAAAUUGAACAUUUCGCAGGAGUGAUAUUUACAACGACUGAAUGUCAUUUUAUAAAUAGAAUUACACUAGAAGAUGUGACAGAGACAUAUCCAAGUUCUAACAACUUAUUACUUAUCUAUUUAAAUCAUCCUAAAGUUUUUCAUCCAUCCCAAUCAUCUACAUUAAGUAUACAAUACUUAUAUGCGUCCAUCGGUUGUGAUCAAAGAUAUUAUAGCAAUCUACACAUCGACGAAUCUCUAUGGCUUAGCAAAAACGAAAUGAAAAUAAAAAAUGAUUUAAUAGAUAUUGCUGUAGAGAAAACUUUUCUUUGCCCAAUGGCUGCCUUAGGAAGUACGACUAAUCUUGCUCAGUAUAAAAGUACAACGUCAGGAGAAUUUUAUAAUUUUGAUCAUUCUUAUCGAGCCGUAGAUGGUGUCACAUUAACAUUAAAAAUUUAUAAUGGCUGUACUACCAUUCUAGAAAGUCCAUUUUUUGUUCAGGUUGACCUAAGCAUAGAAGUACGAGUUCAAAGAGUUGAAAUUAUUGAAGGAGAAUGCUGUUAUAUUGCGCAACCAAAAGUAUUCGUGAAAGAUAUUUUAUGUUCGGAUUCAGCCGUUAUAGGUGAUAAGAAAACAACUACGAUAUAUAAUUGUAAUAAAGAGUCGAAAGGAAAUUUGCUUAAAAUUGAAAAUAAUUCGGCUUUUUCAGUGUGUGAAAUGCUCGUUUUUUCAGAAAACAUAGCAUUGUACAAGCCUGCUUAUGCAUAUCUUAUACCUCUUGAUGACUAUUUGACAAUUGCUUCGGUUUUAAACGAUGGAAAAAUCUCAACAUGUUUGUCAAGUAGACCUGUUGAAAAUGGUCCCAGAUUUCAUAUUGACUUACAAGAUAGCUACCUGAUUCAUACGAUAACUGUUUACCCAAGCGGCACCGGAAGUGCCAAUUCUUCAAUUAAUGCUUAUACUUCUUUCGAUAAUCCAAUGUAUGAUUGGGUGAAUAUGAAUAAAACGUUAUGCGCUGAUGAACUGUUUCAACUUCAAAAGAAAGAACCAAUCAUAUUUACGUGUAAAACUAUAGGAAGAUUUCUAUCUAUUAUUCUAAUAUCGCCUAGAGAUAAAUUGACGUUUUGCGAAAUUGAAAUGAAGGGUAUUUUAAUAUCUAAACUGCCGAAGAAUAUUGCUUUAAAUCGACCAUCUCUUCAAUACGAAGGCACUUACAGCGAUUCUCGUUAUGCAUCUAGUACAGCUUUUGAUGGAGCAUUAGGCGGCAACUAUAUAACAAUUAGUCACACAUCUGGUAGAAAAGGACUCCAUUGGUUAGCGGUAGCGUUAAUUCAUACAUAUACCGUUUCUAGUAUAGGCAUUCAAUACAGGAUUUGCUGUGUUGAGAGGAAUGGCGAAGAUAUUGUAGUCGCUGAAGAGUAUGAGGAUAAGACUUGGGUAGAAAAUGAGCCUACCUGUAUAAAUUCUACGGCACCAUCUUUUGAAAAUAUUAAACCCUUGGAAUACAGACUUCAUCCUUGUAAAGUUCCCAAUCCUGUGGGAAAGUUUGUGAAAUUACUGAAUAUGAAAGGGAAAGCUUUUCAGGUAGGGGAGGUUGAAGUUUUUGGCAACCUCCGAAACUUGGCGCCGUAUCUUAUUGAAAUAGAAAAUAUGACGUUAGUUAGUACCAGCAUGUCUAAUGAGCAAAAAAAAUUUAUGAAUCUUAUAAAAGUCUUUGAUGGGAACUCUCAAGUUGCAGUUAAAAACUCUUAUGCUCAUCCUUGUACUGUAAUUUCAAGAUACCAAGAUGAAGAAUUAUGGAUAGGAGUGGAAUUUUCUGUAGUAUAUUAUCUUUUAGAAGUAACAGUGGUUCCAACGUUUUUUGAUAAUAAUAGUUUGUUACUUUAA